AUGAAUCCAAGAAGAAGCCAAGAGAGUUUACCCGAUUUGAUUAUAUUUCUAAUCAUCUCUAGCUUGCCCUUCAAGGAAGCUAUGAAAAUGAGUCUUGUCUCAAAGCGCUGGGGGAGUCUCUGUCACAAAAUGACCAAUAUUGCUUUCAAGGAGUCUGAAUUCGUGAAAUUUUCAGACGAUGAACAAACCAAAAGCGUCGCUAGGGCUUCGUUCGUUCGCUACAUGCUUAAAUGGGUUGUAUAUUUUACUGGUGAAGAGAUCAAAAGUUUUAAACUUUAUCUAUCUAAACCGGUUGAAUUCGCAACAGAGGUCAUGUCGUUGAUCGAUUUCACGGUCUCAAAUCACGUCAAGAAUCUAGAUCUUGAUUUCUCAUACCCUUCUUGGAUUACCAAGACUGAAGCAGAAACAAGAGUCUUUCAAUUGCCAGAAAGCUUUUACAAUCAAACGAAUCUCGAGUCACUGAAGCUAUUCGCUUGCGGGUUUGAUCCAUCAAGGCUCGCGAAAACAUGUUCGCUAAAAACUCUCUCUUUUGGUUGGAUCCAACUCAGAGACAUCAUGUCUUUGAUACUAAAGUGUCCUCUUCUCGAGAGUCAAAAUUGUUGGGACGUUGGUCUCGAGAAGAUAACUGAAAAUAACAACCGGUUAAGAGAAUUGGUAUUCAAGAAUUGCGAUUUCGGUGUGGAUUAUACGACACUCGACUCAACAUUCAGAUCUUCAAGUACUCAGGUAGGUUUCAUUACUUUCAAUUCAUGA